GGGUGUGCAGUCCGCGUGGGUGUGUGAAAUCAGGGUGUUUUUGUGUCUGUACCGAGUGUGCACAUAAUAUGUAGCCAGAGGAAUUUACUGGGGAUGUCACAGAGUAUACUGGGGUCCUGUGUGUACAGUAUAAUGUUGCAUAGAUCUGAUGGACAAGGAAAGUUUUUGUGUGUGUAGGCAGAAUAUGUGAGUGUGCAUAAGUGUGUGUGUGAGUGAAAAGCAGAGGUGUGAAUCUGUGCAGCCAGCGUGUGCCUGAAAUCAGUGUGUGCAGUUUCUGUGAUCUGUGUGUGCGUGUGAGACAGGCCAGAGGGGAGUGGGAAGCUGGGGUUGGCACUUGCAUGGAGGGAACAUCAGGAGUUAAACCCACCAGUUUCCUAAUCCCUCCCCUUUGCAGGCGGGGCCAUAAGGGAGGCUGUAAAUAGUGCAGGGAUUUUCCAAUCCCUGGCUCCUGGCCUGUUCCCUGUCCCUUGGUGUGCUAGCGACAGGAUUCCUGGCCCUGGACUCCGGGGUCUUCUGGAUGGAGCAUGGAGAAGAGCAGAGCAUCCGGGAUCUCCAGGGCUCCCAGGAAAGGGAAAACUUGACUGUCAUUUGCACAGCAGAUGCAGGAGAGAAGAAGACUCCCCAGCAGGAAGGGUGUGUGGGAGCAGACACACAUGCGCUGUGCCAGCGUCCCAAGCGGAGAGCUGCUGGCAGGUCAGGAUGGAGGCAAGGAGACCCCCUGGGGGAGACCCUUAAGGAGUGUGAUGCUUAUGGGAUCCCAGAAAACAUCAUUAUACUGGAAACCACCUACAUGGGAGAGAGAUCCUAUAAAUGCCUUGACUGCGGGAAAUCCUUCAGCCAGAGCUCCCAUCUGGCUCAGCACCAGCGCAUCCACACUGGGGAGCGGCCCUACUGCUGCCCCGACUGCGGUAAAUCCUUCAGCCAGAGCUCCCACCUGGUCCAACACCGGCGCAUCCACACCGGGGAGCGGCCCUUCCCAUGCAGCGAGUGCGGGAAGUGCUUCAACCGCAGCCACACGCUGGCCAAGCACGCCCGCACCCACCUAGGCACACAGCCCUACAUCUGCCCCGAGUGCGGGAAGAGCUUCAGCCUCAGCUCCCUCCCUCAGCACCUGCGGUCCCACUUACCGGGGAAGCUCCACCCCUGCCCUGAUUGCGGGAAAAGCUUCAGCAGCAGCUCCAAUCUGGCCCAGCACCAGCGCACCCACACAGGGGAGCGGCCCUACCAGUGUCCCGACUGCGGGAAGGGCUUCAGCCAGAGCUCCAACCUAGUGAAGCACCAGCGCGUGCACACGGGGGAGAAGCCCUAUGCGUGCAACGAGUGUGGGAAGAGCUUCACCCAGAGCUCCACCCUCCUCCAACACCGGCGCAUCCAUCGGGGCGAGCGCCCCUACCAGUGUCCCGAGUGCGGGAAGCGCUUCGGCCUCAACUCGUCGCUGGGGAAGCACCGGCGCAUCCACACCGGAGAGCGUCCCUAUGCCUGCCCUGAGUGCGGCAAGAGCUUCAACCUGAGCGCCAACCUCCUCCAGCACCAGCGGAUCCACCGUGGGGAGCGGCCCUACGCCUGCCCCCAGUGCAGGAAGUGCUUCAAUCUGAAAUCCACCCUGGUCAAACACCUGCGCACCCACACGGGGGAGAGACCUUAUCAGUGCACCCAGUGCGGGCGGAGUUUCAUCGACAGCUCCAAGCUCAGCAAACAUGCAAGGACCCAUGUGGCAGAGAAGCCUCCCCAGGAGCGGCAAUGGGCUGCCGGGGGCCAGGAUCAGAGGAGCGGAGUCGUUGGCCCUGCUGCGACUGCAGCUGGAAUAGUGGUACCAGUUCUGGGGCCCGCCCUUCAAGAAGGAUGUAGACAAAUUAGAGAGGGGGCCGAGAAGAAGCGUUCUGAGUAGGGCUGUACCAAAUUCAUGGUCCAUUUCGAUCAAUUUCACAGUCAUAGCAUUAAAAACAUGUCAGCUAUUUAAAUGUGAAAUGUCAUGAUGUUGUAACUGUAGGAAUCCUGACCCAAAGGGCACUGGAGACAGGGUUGCAAGCCCUGCCACCUUUCUUCUGUGCUGCUGUUGGCGGUGGCGCUUUCUUCAGAGCCACGCAGCUGCAGCGCAGUGGCUGCUGGCCAGGAAUCCAGCUCUGAAGGUGGAGCUACUUCUAGCAGCAGCACAGAAGUAAUUUGGCAGGAUCUGGUGUUGCCACUCAUUUCUGCACUGCUUCCUGCACAGCUUGGACCUUUGUCAGCAGGUGCCACUUUCUGGGUGCCCAGCGCUGAAAGCAGCAGUAGAUGUAAGGGUGACGUAAGCAUGGUAUUGCCAGCCUUACUUCUGCCAUGCUGCUGGACGGGUGCUGCCUUCAGAGCCGGGCACCCGGCCGACAUUACAACCACUGCUCUCCAGGUACCCAGCGCUGAAGGCAGCACAGAAGUAAGGAUGGCAACACUGUGACCCUCCUAAAGUAUCCUUGUGAUCCCCCUUCAACUCUCUCUUGGGUUCGGACCCCAGUUUGAGAAAUCCGUAUAAUAGAGGGUAAAAGCACACACAAAGCCAGAUUUCAUGGGUGGACACCAGAUUUCAGGGCCCAUGACUCAUUUUGCAUGGCUGUGAAUUUGGUAGGGCCCUCAUUAUGAGGCGUCCAUAGAAUGACUAAAGAAUUAGAAAACCUGCCUUUAUAAUGAGACUCAAGGAGCUCAAUCUAUUUAUCUGAACAAGGAGGAGAUGAAGGGAUGACUUGUUUACAGUUCACAAGUAUCUCCAUGAGGAAGGUCUGACCCGAUCCAAUGAUCAGUAACUGAAGCUAGACCAAUUCAGAUGAGAAGCAAAGUGCUUUUUUUUUUUUUUUUUUUUUUUUUAAAUGGGUGGGGAAAUUAGUCCUGGGGACAAUUUGCCAAGCGUCUUGUGGUGGAUUUUUUUGUCAUCAAAUUUAAAAUCAUGAUUGGAGGUUUUCUAAAAUCAGCUCUAGUUCAAACAUUGACCAGACCUCAGACCUGCAAUAUACAGGAGAUAAGACUAGAUGAUUGUAGAAUCAUAGACUACUGGAACUGAAAGGGACCUUGAGAGGUCAUCGAGUCCAGUCCCCUACCCUCACAGCAGGACCAAACA